GCUAUGUCUUCUCUGCUGCCUGGAAGUGGUGGAAGGGACUAAGAGAGCAACCUCAACUUUUGCAAAGUUAGGAUCGAACACAGCUCGCCUCUUGCCACUUGAGCCACUCACCAUCACUUUCCAUUUCAAGCAAUUCUCCUUGACGUCGAGUGGCCCAAUCGCUCUCUCCCUUGAAGGCAACUUGCAAGACCCGUCUUUGAUGGAUUGGCUGGGACACAGAUUUUGGACUUUUCUCGGCUAUGGGGACGGUAUAAGAGAUGGGCCGCGCGCGUGGAGAGAAGGACGCGCCUCAUCUGUGCAUUCCGCAUUCCCGAGCGACUCUCCCCGCCCACUCAAGCCCGCCUUCUUGCUAUUAUCAUGCCUCGAGUGGCCACGACCAGCAUCAUCUCACGUGCCCGCACGUCGCCUGUGAACGGCGGCGAUGGCAAGCAUCAGUGCACCGAGUGCAUCAAGAGCUUCAGGCGGCCGAGCGAUCUGGAGCGGCACUUUGUUGCGAAGCAUCUGCCUGCGCAAGAGCGGGACAAGUACAUGAAGUACUGCACGUUUCCGGGGUGCAGUCACAAGUCUCUGCAGAAAUCGAACCUCGAGACGCACUACAUCUCUCAGCACACACAGACCAAGCCGUACAAAUGCUCUCUGGCGACAUGCGACAAGGAGUACGCGGAUCCGUCUGCCUUGUCGCGUCACAAGCACAAGCACAUUGCGGCAGGAGAGAUGGCUGGAUCCUCCUUCUUCUCCUUCUCGCCGAGAUCGGGUGUCUCGUUGUCGAGCUCGGCAUCGUCAUCCCCGAGUCCAAGUUCACUUCCCCAAACACCGGAGCCGGUGGACUUGUUUGGGCAGCGGGCUCAAGAUGAGCUGUUCGCGGCUGUGAUGGAUCCAUCACUGGAUAGGAUCGCGGGCGAGGCUGCGUCGGACGCGUACUGUGUGGGUGUCACUUCAUGUGAGCCGCCGACGCUCGAUUACUCGCUGGAUUCGUCGGAGAUGUUUUUCGGGGACUGUUAUGGCGGGCUGGGGAUGGGCAACCUGGAUUUCUCCUUGGAUUCGUCGAAGAUGAUCUCCCCGGAGUAUGCGCCUUUCGACUUUCCGGUGUCCGGAUUCGAAUUCCACGGGCCGCUGGACAUGAACUACCUGCUCCCUGUUCCAUCAUCUUGGGACAACUUGUUUUCCUUCUGAUGAACAGGCCACCCUCAUAUCGUUAUAUGAUUUAUUACAUCGCAUAAACCACAUCUGUAUAAUAUCUCCACUGUUCAACCCGAGCUUCAGCGUGCAUUUCUGACCACCAACGAGUGAACCAUUCUGUCGCGAAGGCCCAUUUUAUGAGUUUGCUUGAAGAAAGCAGAGAGUCUCGAAAUGAUUAGGCUGAGUCACAGAGCCAUAUCCGCCUCCUUUCAAGAACAUGCGCGCUCGACCUAUUCUAGGAUCUUUCAGCGUCCCGGUGUCUCUAUAAGAUUACACGGUUGCCGGCCCGGAGUGUCCCCAUCAGUGAGGCAUUGAUACUUUCCAUGCCGGAUUUGAGUACUGGCGACGAAACUUGGAUCCGUAAAUUCGUCUUGUGUGCAUGAUCGACCUUCUAGGUUUCUG